AUGGAACAGUCUCGAACGAGAAUCGAAAUUCCAACUUCACCUGCUUCGCCCACCUCACCACCGGCUUUGUCUUCACCUCUGUCUCCAACCAGGAGACGCGGUGUUAGUAUAUCCGAAGACGCAGUAUCACCAACAAGAAUUGGCUCACCCACGAAAUUUGCCGAUGCCAUCGGUGAAGGUUUACGGCGCCGGACCUCGGCGGGAAGUUCAAUUCCCAGUUUGGAGCCCCGAACUACCCUGGCUGAUCGCACUCAGGGCAAAUUCACCUUGGCCGGCCCUGAUGAGACUCCACAAUUGCGACUGUCUCAUGAACCCUUCGUACAGCCUGGAUAUGCAGAUCUCAACCCAGCAUAUGAACAGCCAUCUAACGCUAAGCCGGUGUGGAGUUUGGCCAAACCGUUGCCCCGUGUGGUGCGGCCCGGAAUGGUCCCCACCAAGGAAGAACUUCUUGAGAACCGUGCAAAUGCUGUACUACCAGCUGAGAACUCGCAGCGUUAUGGGCUGGAUGUUGAUCCCAAUGACCUCGAACAAGGGAGAAUCGACAAGACCACUGACCCACGCAAGAUGGCCGCGCAGGUUGAGGAUGCUCGGCUGCAGCGUGAAGCCAAUUUCAUAAACAAGAUCAUCAGCGGCGAUACAGGAUCAGUCAAUCAAGGAUCACGCCUAUCGCGUACUUCAUCCAGUCGCCCCAGACGUCAGUCAACCUGGGUACCGCAAGAAGGUCUCGAGACUGUGGAUGAGGGCUCACAGACGACAGACGAGACUGCCAGACCCCAAAGCCCGUCAAAGUAUUGGAAUGAUGAUCCAAUACGUCCCCCGAAAGAGGGUGGGAUUCCGGACAUAACAGAUGACAAGUUCAUUUUGCCCGACCUGGACCACCCCUCCUAUCCCGACGAUUUACACCCUUUAGUGCAAGAGCUGAUCGAAGACGAGAUCCACAACAACCACACGACCUGGUCUGUUAUCCGCACUCAUCACCGCGAAGCCCUAGCCGAAGCACUGGCAGUUUUCGUCCAGCUCACCAUUGGCUUCUGUGCCGACCUUUCAGUCACCGUAGCAGAUGCCGGAAAUCCUAACACAACCGCCUGGGCGUGGGGCUUUGCUACCAUGAUCGGCAUUUAUAUUUCCGGUGGUAUCUCCGGUGCCCAUCUCAACCCCGCCAUUACAAGCAUGCUGUGGUUCUACAGAGGUUUCCCCAAGCGUAAGAUGCCCGAGUACUUCAUAGCACAGUUCUUAGGAGCCUUCUGUGCUGGCUUAGCGGCAUAUGGUCUCUACUACCAGUCUAUCCAGGAAUACUCCAGCCUUAACCCCGAUAGUGGCAUUAUCUCGAGUUUCGUAACCAGUCAGCGCCAAGUAUGGAUUGGUCCUGGCACAGCCUUCUUCACCGAGUUUAUCGGCACCACCUUCCUCGCUGUCACCGUCCUCGCGCUGGGUGAUGACCAGAAUGCCCCACCAGGAGCUGGUAUGAACUCCUUCAUCAUCGGCCUUGUCAUCACCUGUCUGAGUAUGACAUUCGCAUAUCAGACCGGCGCGGCUUUCAACCCUAGCCGUGACUUCGGUCCCCGCCUCGCACUUCUCGCCUUGGGCUACCCUAAUGAACUGUUCUUGAACCCGUACUGGUUCUACGGACCAUGGGCCGGUGCAUUAAGCGGCGCAUUCAUGGGUGGCUUUUUGUAUGAUUUCUUUAUCUUUACUGGGGGAGAAUCGCCUGUCAAUUAUCCGUGGGAGAGAACUCAGCGUGCUAUGAGGAAGAGUCGUAUGAAGUGGAGACGUCGUCUGCAUAUUGAUAAGAAGGAGCCCAAAACUGCGACUGUUUCCUGA